UUUCAUUCGCUUCCCAAAGACAAGCACACCGCGGCCAUGGAAUCAUGCUGGACCCGAUGCCUACCGACGUCCGUCAAUAGGCAGCUGCUGCCGCUGAAGGCCCACUUUUUUCUCUACCUUGCUGGACAAGCAUGCGUGUCCCCGUACCUGGCCGUGAUCGGGCGACAGGUAGGAAUAAACGCUGCCAUGAUCGCUGUCAUCUUCGCCAUAACACCAUUGGCCGCCGUCAUCAUAAAGCCGCUGUGUGGAUUUGUCAUCGACCGGACGCAAAACGCCACUGCCGUUAUUGGCUUUCUUCAAGCCGUCUUGGUCGUCUCCCAUGGGGUUGUUUUCUUCAGCCCCAGCUUCAAAGCCGACGCCGAUAGUUUGUCCACCGGUUACAUAAACUGCAACUCUAGUCAGCUGACGGUAUCGAACGCAAGUUCGGCCUCUAGCGUUCUCGCCGGGGCUCGCGAAAGUGCCCCACUUUCCUGCAACUUGACAGUGAUUGAAGAUGACUAUUCAGUGAACGUCAACGUCACGAGUGCCUCGCACACCCUGGUUAACUUAAGAGGCCUGUCCGACAUAUGCAUGAAUGCGAUGGUUAACGAGAGCGUUGCCAGUGAAAUUUUCGCCGCCCUGCGCUGUCCAUGCGAUGCCACUCAGUACGACGGCAAAUUCUGGAUCUACACCAUUUCGAUCGUCGUCGCCUGGACGUCUUCGGUAACCCUGUACACCGUCACGGAUGCUGCCGUCUGCGAGCUGCUGGGCGACAAUGUGAGCGCUUUCGGGCGCCAACGCCUCUGGGGCACCAUCAGUUGGGGCGUUGUGAGCCCGCUGGUCGGAUUCAUGAUCGACGAAGCCAGUGACUCUACCCACACCGACUACAAGCCGGGCUUCUAUCUCUUCGCGGCCUUCAUGGCCUUGGACGUGUUCCUCAUUUUCUGCAUGCCCCGCUUGCGUACGGCAGACUUGUCCGUGAACUUUCUCAGGGACAUCGCGACCCUGUUCUGCAACGCCGAGAUCGUGCUGUUCAUCGUGUGGACGUUCGUAGUUGGCGCCCUCAUGGGUGUCGUAUGGUCCUUCAGCACAUGGUAUCUGGAAGACCUGCACGCCUCUAAGCUGUUGAUCGGCCUGACCAACACGGUGAUGAGCUUGUGCGUGGAGGUGCCGUUCUUCUUCAUCUCCAAGGCAAUACUCGAGCGCAUCGGGUACUACUUUUCCUACUCGGCGGCUUUACUGGCGUUGUCAAUCAAGUUCAUCGGCUAUUCGUAUCUUGUCAAUCCCUGGUACGGGCUCAUCGUGGAUAUCCCGGGCGGCACCAUCUUUCCCCUUGCCUACUCCGCCAUGACUGUGUUCGCCAAGCGGGCGGCUACUCCUGGGACGGCUGCUUCGAUGAUGUGCAUCUUGGGCUCGACUUUGGAAGGUCUGGGCAUCGCCGCCGGGAACCUGCUUGGCGGAAUGAGCAUCGACAAAAUCGGCGCCCGGCUCACAUUCCGCUAUCUUGGCUACUUGUCUGCGGGAUGCGCAAUUUUGUGCACUCUGACCUACCUGUGUCUUCGGUACCUGGGCAAUGGCCGUAUAGGGGCUACUCCCCGAUCGGAGAAGCUCGGCCUGACGGACGCCAAGGAACAGGAUGCCCGGCUGUGUGACAGUGCUGCCAAGAACGAAUGCACCGAGUGCACUUACUUCUGAGAAUUCCCCGGUUGCUGCUCACAUUGGUUUCCCGGAGCACAGCUGCAAAGAGGUCGCCGACCGCUCAGUCAUCACCCGCAUAGGGACGUUCGGAUCUUCGAGGACACCACAAGAACCUACCCUUACUCAGUGACAUUCAAUCCUGCCA